AUGCCCUGGCGCGUACUCGGCCAAGCACUUUGGUUUCCUAGCCGCGACCAGGAACUUUGGUGGCUGCACACGGCUCCAUUCUUCAACAGUCUUUUAAUACAGUGUGGCUACCAAAUUCAUGAGCAAUAUCACUACCUAUGCGUCUACCACAAAUAUAUUCUUCCAGUUUUAGGGCUAUUUAUUCGUCCUGGAAUUGAUCCAGACCACCUUAGUUGUUUCACUCCAGAAGGCUAUCCCUUCGAGCUGAGCGUUAAUUUCCAGGAAAACCGAUCUCUACUUCGACUAGGCUGCGGACCUAUCGGUGCUUUUGCUGGCACUGAGCAUGAUCCCAUGAAUAAGUUUGCGACGCGGGAACUCUUGGUCAAACUAGCUCAGCUUGACCCUAAUAUCAACCUGGGGUGGUUUGAUUACUUUGACUCUCAGCUCAGCCUCCCAGCCGAAGAGGCCAGAGUAACUUCGGAGCAACUCAUUCCUCAUCUACGGCAGACCAAUGAGGUUGCCUUUGACCUGAAAGACGGAGCGAUGGUUCCCAAAUCAUACUUCUUCGUCAAGCCCAAGUCGAUUGUGACCGGCAUCCCCACUGGCAUACUAGCCUUCAAAGCAAUGGAGGGUCUAAAUGUGGACUUCGGAACCAGCCUGUCACUCCUCAAAGAACAUCUCUUGCCAUCUCUUGAUGGACGCGACGCGGGCUCUCCUACUACGGAAGUAUUCUUAAUUGGCUUUGACUGCGUGGUUCCUGAAAUGUCACGCCUGAAGCUAUACGUUUGCAAUACACACCUAUGCCUUGACAACCUUCGUGCGUUCUGGACGCUAGGUGGCUGCCUGAGCGAUCCCACCACAAUGAAAGGGCUAGCCAUUGCAGAGAAACUCUGGAACCUCCUUGGUUUCAGCGACACUCUGUACGACGAGGUGGGCGUGGACAAAUUGCCACUGACAUUUAACUACGAAUUGAAGUUGCGAGGAUCAGCACCAAAGCCACAGUUGUACUUGCCCGUACAAGGCAAAAGCGAUGAUUCUGUCGCCGACGCCUUGACUGACUUCUUUAAAUAUCUUGACUGGCACGGACACGCUUGUCGCUAUAAGCGGGAGUUGGUGUCAAACUUUCCCUGCCGAGAUCUAAAAGAAUCAGUAACGGCUCAGCGUUGGGUGGCUUUUUCUUUUACUGAGCCGUCCGGAGUGUAUUUGACCGUAUACUUUCAUGCAAUCGGUGGCGAUGUAGGUCGCUGGCAAUGA